AUGAAGAACUGGAUUGCCAUUUAUGAACUUGUUUUGAAGGAGACAGUCAUGUUGCCAAGAAGGACGUCAACAUGCCAAAGCACCCCAAGCUGGCAGGAAAGAACGUGCCCAAUCUUCAUGUCACCAAGGCCACGCGGUCUCUCAAGUCACAAUGCUACUGAAGAAACGGUUUGCCGGAGGCAUUUCUACUGGUGCCUCACCAACAAGGGUUGCCAGUAUCUCCGUGAUUACCACCAUCUGCCCCCUGGGGUCGUGUGUGCCACCCUGCACCACAGCCAUCCUGAGACUGGCAGGCCAGGCCGAAAGGGCUGGAGGGCGAGUGGCCCGCAGGACUCACCAGAGACAUCCAUGGACAGACUGCCGAGUCAGCAGCAGAAUUCCACUUCAGAGGCAGAUGUGGUAGUGAACCUGGCCAGCCAACUCAGGUUGGAGGGCAUCGUUUUGUGUUGA